AUGAUUCCGAGCAUUCGAGACUGGUUUGAUCGCGCCCGACGUGAAAAUCUGCUUAACGAUGACUUGGAGGAGUCCAAAAUGCUGUUUAGUCUCAAACGGAAGACACCUGACAAGCCUAAUCACGGAGGUUCUCGUCUAGGCCGAGCGGCCAACACUGACCAUGACUUUGAAGAAGGAUAUAGAAGAAUAUUUCAAGAUUAUUUUGGUGAUCAUCCAAUUUACUCUUCAAAAUUGUUCAGGCGAUGUUUCUGUAUGCGCCGUGAGCUAUUCCUUAGAAUCAUAAAUGGCAUUAAGGCCCAGGAUCCUUGCUACAAUAUAGUUGGCGAGUAUAUUCGAAUCAGUGAGUCUUCAGCAAGCGAUUGUCUGCAGCAUUUUUGUGCGGCAGUUGAAGCACACUUCGGACCAGAGUAUUUACGCUCACCGACAGAGGAAGAUUUGAAGCGAAUUCUCACAAAAAACACUGCACGCGGAUUUCCUAGGAUGAUUAGCUCCAUCGAUUGCUAUAACUGGAAAUGGGAAAAGUGCCCGAAAGCCUGGCAUGGCUCAUAA